GGCGGCGGGGAGGUGCGCGGCGGCGGAGCAGCGCUAUGGCCUACCAGGGGCUGGCCCAGGAGUACCUGGGCAUGCCCGCUGUCACCCGUGCCUACACCACCGCCUGCGUCCUCACCACCGCCGCCGUGCAGCUGGAGUUCAUCACCCCCUUCCAGCUGUAUUUCAACCCCGACCUCAUCUUCAGGAAGUUCCAGAUAUGGAGGCUGAUCACCAACUUCCUCUUUUUUGGGCCCUUGGGAUUCAGUUUCUUUUUCAACAUGAUAUUUCUGUACAGGUACUGCCGCAUGCUGGAAGAAGGCUCCUUCCGUGGAAGGACAGCUGACUUUGUCUUCAUGUUCCUCUUCGGAGGGUUUCUCAUGACACUAUUUGGACUCUUUGCCAGCCUGUUUUUCCUGGGCCAGGCUUUCACCAUCAUGCUGGUGUACGUCUGGAGUCGCAGGAACCCCUACAUCCGCAUGAACUUCUUUGGGCUUCUUAACUUCCAGGCUCCCUUCUUGCCCUGGGUCCUGAUGGGUUUCUCUCUGCUCUUGGGCAACUCCAUCAUCAUUGACUUACUGGGGAUUGCAGUGGGUCACAUCUAUUACUUCUUGGAAGAUGUUUUCCCCAACCAGCCUGGAGGAAAGAAGUUGCUGUUAACCCCUGGCUUUCUGAAGAUGGUAUUUGACACACCUGAAGAGGAUCCCAACUAUAAUCCUCUCCCUGAGGAUCGUCCAGAAAACCAACCUAGAGUCCAAGACCAGAACCAGCAGCAGCAUCCACAGUAACCCAGGAGACUUCUCCAUGUGGCCAGAUUCCUCUCUUCCACCUGGACUUAUGCUGUGACCCAGAGAUCCUACUGGAAUAACACCAGUUGCCAUUCCAACGUGUAAUGUUUCACUGUUUGUAUGGGUAACCAUCUUCCCCUCCUACCAAGAGGUUUCACAGAGCUUUGCAUAUAAGAACUGAUGAAUGCUUGCAGAGGUGGUGUAGGCACAGGAAGCUGAGACAGCUCCUCGUUUACCCAGUGGGGAACAAGUAACAAAUGUGUUAGACCAGUUACUCCUUUUCUUGCUGUUCAUGACUUACUGUGUGCCAGGUCACUCUUGUUCUCUGUACAAAGACCAAAUCUACCAUGGUAGAAUGCUGCUCAGCCUCUUAACUUCCUCUAAGUCCCCCAACUCCCCUUUCUUCCUCCCUUCCCCUUUUCUUGUUUUGUUUUGUUUUUCUUUUUCUUCUUUUUUUUGGGGUUAUUGUUUCCAAAGAGUCUUUACAUUAAAGUCUUUAUUUUUCACUUGUGUGUCCAUUUCUGCCUGGGGCAGAGGCAGCAGUACUCAUCAAGACUUUGCUCAGGACUGCCAGGAUUCUUGCUUGGACUUUUUUUGGUGGGCAAAGUUCAGACUUUCUGGAAGAUGUCCUUCCCCUUUUCUGUCAGCAGGACUGCAGAGCAUGAGAGGUUGGAGAGGAAGGGAUGCCUGGGAAAGGACUGGGAACACAUCUGAACUCUUGAUCCAGGCAGUGACUGGAAGUAGCACUUGACACCAGUAAUAAAGGCUGUCUGCACACUCAGUGUAA